AUGGGGGUAGAGAUCGAGACCAUCUCUCCGGGAGACGGACGGACGUUUCCAAAGAAGGGUCAGACAUGUGUGGUGCACUACACAGGAAUGCUACAGAAUGGAAAGAAGUUUGAUUCCUCCAGAGACAGAAACAAGCCUUUUAGGUUCAAGAUUGGCAGACAAGAAGUCAUUAAAGGAUUUGAAGAAGGUGUUACACAGAUGAGCUUAGGACAAAGAGCAAAGUUGACCUGCACACCUGAGAUGGCCUAUGGAGCCACAGGGCACCCUGGGGUUAUUCCUCCCAAUGCUACUCUCAUCUUUGAUGUGGAGCUUCUCAGGUUAGAGUGAAUCAUCUCGAGUUGGCUGGAGACAUCUGUUAAUAACCAUCCAUUCUUUCUCACCUUGCCAGCAGCAGGAGAAAUCUUCACUGGAAUCCCAAUCUUCCCUGCUUAAGCUGUUCUGUCAAUAGCACCUGCUAUUGGGUUCCUUAUGCCUUCUUUCUCUUUUUAACUUUGUGGUGUCUGUAUUUGCCUUUUAUUAUUGUUCUGGGACAAAUGUCUAGCGUUGUAACAUUC